CUUCUUUCAUUCACUUCCCAAAAAAAAGAGAGAAAAUGCUGGAACCUUCGAUCUGGUUCUCGGUUCACCAGUGGUUCACUCCGACGACCCUCUUCAUCGUCCUCAACCUCGUCAUCGCCACCAUCGCUAUCACCUCCAAAGCUCUCCGAUCCGGCGACGACCACCACGCCGCCGAACCCCGCAAGCGCGCCCGCGCCCCUUCCCUUGUCUUCGACCGCAUCCGCUCCUUCAAUCUCAACCUCUACCACUCCCCAGCCCCUCUCGUCCCCUCACUUGACCCCAUCCAUCCCUCCCCUUCCCCUUCCCCUUCUUCGCCGCUGGAUCCGGUCGCCGAUCUCGCCUCCGAGGGAUUGGAUCAUGAGCAACACCACUUCACGCGAAGCCAAUCCGAUGCGCGUCCGACGGCGGGGGAGAUGCCGGAGAAGCUUGCGCCGAAGAUGAAGAAGUCGGCUAGCGUGCAGUCAGCCUUCGCUCAUUUCGAAGUGAAGGAGAUCCCCCCACCGCAACUGCCGCCGCCAGAGGAGGCGGUGGCGGCGGUGGACGGUGGUGAUGGCGAGGAAGAAGGCGGUGAGGUGGACGCGCGGGCGGAUGAUUUCAUUAACCGGUUCCGGCAGCAGCUGAAGCUUCAGAGGUUGGACUCGUUGCUAAGGUACAAAGAGAUGCUCAACCGCGGUCGUUAAUUAAUUAAAUAUUAAAUAAUUAAUAAUUAAAUUUUUAAAUAAAUCACUUUUUAAGUUUUUAGGAUAAUAAAUAAAUUAAUUAAAUAAUUAGAAUAUUCUGUAAGAGCCACUGGUUACUUUGCUCCACUUUGUUUGUACUUCUGUACAAAUUUUGGCUCUUUUUUAUUUUUUUUAUUUUUUUGUUGUUAUUUUGUUGUAGAACUGCCCGGUUUUAAUUCUUAUUUAGUUAUUUUGUUUAGACAUAUUAUGGUUUAUUUUCUCUUC